AGUAAUCGUGAAUAGGAUCCUCAAGCUCUCCAUCCAGCCAUGUGGUAGUCUACACAUCUUUACCCAGUUAUCAAUUAGCACACCACACCCCGGACCCACCCGGCCACCGCUCACUCCUCACCCGACUCAGCCUCAACACCAGUAUCCCACAGACAGCAGCUGGUCUCAUGGCCCACCCCUAUGAACCCUGGUUACGGACAGCCCCUCCUGGUGGCAGCUCAGACGAGAUGAACGUUCCCUCAUGGUGGGACCUCCACACCGGGCCAGGGAGCUGGAUGGACCUGCAGGCGGGCCAGGGUGUGGGCUUACAGGCAGUUGGUCAGAGCUCCAUGGGACUGCAGUCCUCCCUGGGGCCUUACGGCUCUGAGCCCCAGCUGUGUACUCCUGCUCAGCUAGCCCAGCUGGCCCCAGCCUCACACUCAGCUCACUCACACCUCUUCCCCCAGGAUGGCUUCAAGAUGGAGCCACUGGGAGGACCUGAGCUCCUGCAGCAGGAGACGUAUUCCCUGGAGGAGCCACAGGAAGGUGCCACCUCGGUCCGGCCCAAGCCCCAGCGCCGCUCUGCCUCCAGGGGUUCGGGCCAGUCUGUGUGCCGGUGCCCCAACUGUGUCCACGCCGAGCAGAUGGGCCAGAGCACUGACGACGACCGGAGGAAACACAUGCACAACUGCCACAUCCCGGGCUGCGGCAAGGCCUACGCCAAGACCUCCCACCUGAAGGCCCACCUGCGCUGGCACAGCGGGGACCGGCCCUUCGUCUGCAACUGGCUGUUCUGCGGCAAGCGCUUCACGCGCUCCGACGAACUGCAGCGACACCUGCAGACGCACACCGGCGCCAAGAAGUUCAGCUGCACCAUGUGCCCCCGCGUGUUCAUGCGCAACGACCACCUGGCCAAGCACAUGCGCACGCACGAGUCUCUCUCCGGGCCAGGGGAGGAGAGGGUGUAUGGAGAGGGGGGCAGGAUGGGGAAGAGCUUUGACACACCUUCUCCUCAGCCCUCCCACGCCACUGCCUCUGACACAGAGGCACCCCUUAAGCAGCCGAAAUGUGAGAAAGACCCCUCUGGGACAGGGCAGUCCAGCUAACUGUAUCCCGUCCACAUCUGGAAUGCUAUACCGAUAAUGUAUAGUCAGUAGGCUACUUUUAGCCCCUUUCUAUCAGGCAGAGAAUCAAUCCAUAGUUUAUAAUACAUGUAGUCCAGUGGAGGUAGAAUCAUAGGGGGUUUUAUAUUAUAAAUUGAUAGUUUAUUUCUACCAGAUGCAUUGAACAACAUAAGGCAACAAAGGCCCAUCUGAUUUUCAGAAUGCAUCAUAUCACAUAUAACAGCACCAUACAGCAUAGACAGACAUAAAACCAAAGAGUCCAAAGCGAUUACCCAUAUGUUACAUCACCAACAGAGGACAAGCUGUCAAGUGCCUUGCUGGAAGGAUAUCCAUCUAAGGAAUCAAGGAAAAUGAUUUUUUAGAUAAUCUCUUCCAUUUAAAGAUAGCUUUGGUGGCAACCAAACCAGAGCCAAAGCUUGCUAGCUGCUAGGACUUCCAUUGCUGCUACUACUAUUAUACCAUCCAUCCACAGAGACUUUGGGAACGAGUUAAACUGAAGAUGGUGCUUGAUGUGUUUACAGUAAAACUACUAGCUACUUGGAGAGAGAUUUAUUUCCAGGAAGCCAUCAAACUCUCCAGUCUCCACUGCACAAAUCUAACUGAAUUUAAGGCAAUGGAAGUAGAGGGUUAGAAUAUGUUGGUAUGUUGUGUUCACUUCCUUUCCCCACCCUUUAACCCACCCCCUUGACUUGCUGUGUAUAAUAUACUGUAUGUGAGUGUAUGAACAUGUCACUGGAAAAUUCCACACUGUAUUUUUGGUUUUGACCACGCACAAUGUUGGCGUCAACCUUUUGCCAAAGAGCACCACAGUAAGCGCCACUAUAAUUCUGUUUGGUGCAGUAUGUGGGCGGUGCAAAUAAAAAUGACUGCAUUUGCUCUGUAGAUGGCAAAUUAAUUAAAAGUAUGGCACUAGAGGUGCAGAGAUGUCCCACUACAGCACAUUAUGGCAUGGAAUUCAUACCCCAUGUUUUAUGUCAAAAAUAUAUUUUCUGUUUAAUGUACAGUAAGAAGACAUGAUUUGUGUUAUCAAUGUAUUUUACUUAAAUGCACCGUAUGUAUCAUCAUGUUUAAAUGUCCCUCAACUGUGACUGAAAAGCACCGUUGCUCCUCUUUUGACACGCCUUAUCUCAGCUAUGCAGGUGUGAAUGUUACGUGAUGGCAGCAUAUCUCAUUCACAGGAAAUGUGUAAUUCCAUGGUCUUGUCCCUGAUAGUGUAUGAUCCGAUCCACACAAUACCAAGUUCACACUUCACAGAACCUACUGUAGUAACACUUGAUAAGGAUUUCCUCGGACAAAAGACAGGCUGGAUACAUCACUACUGAAAUGUACGCUAGACUGAAAUGUGAGCUGAACUGAAAUCCCUCAUUGAGAGGAACUUAGGUAAACCAUAUUUUGUCACACCAACAACUUCCAGGACAAGCAACAAUUCCUCCUCCAAGGUUGUUCAAGCAUAAUGCCAAAAACAGAAAGAGUGGAAUUGUUUAGAACCCAUUUUGAUAUUAAUAGUCAUAAAUAAUAAUUUAUAUAUUGAUAGAAGAUGCACUUCGAUAAUGUUUUAGGAAUCCAGUCUAGACCUUUCUAAAUAGGCUUAGGCCUGUGUGUCGUGGUUUUGGCUUCUUAGCUUAUUGUCCUCACUGUAAAACAAAUUAGCCUUGUUACGAAAGCAUUGUUGUAUUUUGAGUAGUGACUUAGUCAAAAUGUGCUUAAAAGAGUCUAAGCUGAGGUUUAGCUUAGGGAUCUCUCGCUGAGGUGUUUAUUGUAGCCCCCAUUAGACAUAUCCCUAAAUAAAAUAAAACAUAAUGGUUUUUGAUGGUUUACUUGCAUUUUGUUAAUCAAAUGUGAUGAAAGGACAUCACCUUGAGACUCAUCUAUUGCAAAUCACUUGGGGCCCGAUUCAGACUUAGGAAAUGUACGCAUUUCCUACACACACCUUUACUACGCACUUCACAGUAGUUGGUAUUCAGUCUUACCUUAUGCAGGUGCUGUUCCCUUGCGCGUGCUGAAUACAUAUAAUUAAACCGCUGAAAACCCUGCCACUUGCUGGCCAAUAGAUUUUGUUAUGGAGUUUUCUUUCAUUAGGGUUUCCAGUACAUUUAUCAUGUAUCCUCUUUAAAUUUGGUGUACCUUUAAAUUAGAAUUUUCGACAGAAUAAUUAGAAUAAAUGGAUAGAACAGUUCAAAAUCUUAGGGAUCAACGAAAGAAAGCCAUGUAUUCAUCUCCUUUUCAGCACCAAUUGGUGGAGCUUGUAUAUUAAUUUAGGGUUAGGAAAGUAUUUAUGAAUAAUCAGUGGUGGAAAUAAUAUCCAGCUGUCAUACUUGAGUAAAAGUAAAGAUACCUUAAUAGAAAAUGACUCAGGUAAAAGUCACCCAGUAAAAUACUACUUGAGUAAAAUUCUAAAAGUAUUGGGUUUGAAAUUUACUUAAGAAUUAAAAGUCAAUUUAAUUGUUAAAAUAUACUUAAGUAUCAAAAGUUAAAGUUAAAGUGUAAAUAAUUUCAAAUUCCUUAUUAAACAAACCAGGUGGCACAAUUUUCAUGUUUUUUUUAUUUAAAGAUAGCUAGGGACACACUCCAACACUCAGACAUCACACAUAUGAAUAAUUUGAGUCCGCCAGGUCAGAGGCAGUAGAGAUGAGCAGGGAUGUUCUCUUGAUAGGUGCGUGAAUUGGACCAUAUUCCUUUUCUUUCAUUCAAAAUGUAAUGAGUACUUUGGGGUGUCAGGGAAAGUGUAUGGAAGUAAAAGUAAAAGUUGUCAAAAAUAUAAAUAGUAAAGUAAAGAAGUAUAGUAUUUUUACUUAUGUACUUUACACCACUGUGGAUAAUAAAAAUUAAAAAAACAGGUUUGGAGAGCCUCCACUCAAUAAAUAUAUUGGUGAAUCAAAAAUACAGUGGUUUGAUUUAUCCUGAAAGUUGCCAAAUUCCAUUGUUCAAUUCUGAAAUAUUUGAAGGUGAAAAAGUGUACAAUAGGGGUUGAGCAGUAGUCCUAUAAAUCUAUCCUAAUAAUCCUCACUAAUCAUGUAACUUUGAUGAUAACGGUCCAUUUGUCGUAAACUGUGCACCAGGCUCCAGAUUUAAACUGCUACAUAUGAUCUGUGUUCCAUAAUGAUUCAAAUAGGCUACAUGUCCCGAAUUAUUGCCCAAUUUGUAAUACGUUAGCCUAAUAUGAUCCACUAUUGCUUGCUAUCCUCAGGAACAACCACACAAACUUGACAGAGGCAAAAAAGGUAAACUAACUCUCUCUACAGAGAGUGGCUAAUAUUAAAACAGAUUGGAAAAAAUACAGUAAAAAGUCUGGGUUUAUAAUUCAAACAUUCUAAAAGUCAUAAAUCCACUCGGUAGCUUUGGCGCUAUACAGUCAUUUGCGGAUGGCCACAGAAGCCUAUAGCUUGGGUCUCCAAACUUCAUCCUUGCAAGUUACAGUAUAAGGCCAGCAUUCCAUAAACUUCACCAUGGAAAAGAUGAUAGGCUAGGUUGAUACACUUCAGUUUGCUGCCAUAUGACUGGUUUCACAUUUGUCUCCAGCUAUCACAAGGUAAAAUAGAUCUAAAACAAUUGUCAUUUAUAUUUACAAUCCCCUUAUCCAAACGGCUUACUCAUUUACCUAGCUUUAAUCAAAAGCUCUUAUCAAUUUGUAAAUUACAGUGCAUGGAAAAGUGUGUUACUUCUAUCAGAAAAAAUAAAGUAGACGUUGUUUCACUUGGAAUCAACAGGUAGCUCGACCUUAUUCCUCAUUUCAUCGGGUAAAGGGGGUGGAAUUAUGAGGGAAUUAAGUCAAGACAAGGUUAGAAUAUGGUGUUUCUGAGGGCCUCCCAAGUGGCGCAGCGUCUAAGGCACUGCAUCACAAUGCUAAAGGUGUCACUACAGACCCGGGUUCGAUCCUGGGCUGUAUCACAACCGUCCGUGAUCGGAAGUCCCAUAGGGCGGCGCACGACUGGCCCAGCGUUGCCUGGGUUUGGGGAGGGUUUGGCUGGGGGGGCUCAUCGCGCUCUAGUGACUCCUUGUGGCGGGCUGGGCGCCUGCAGGCUGACCUCGGUUGUCAGUUGAACAGUGUUUCCUCUGACACAUUGGUGCGGCUGGCUUCUGGGUUAAGAAUUGCGGUUUGGCGGGUCAUGUUUUGGAGGACGCAUGACUCGACCUUUGCCUCCUGAGCCCGUUGGUGAGUUUCAGCGAUGAAACAAGAUUGAAAUUGGGGAGAAAAAAAAUACAAAAAAGAAUACAAAAAUAAAAAGAAUAUGGGGUAUGGGGCCACUACACCUUCAUUUUUUAAAUGUCUACCUAAACAAAUAGCAAGUGAUUCUCGUGCCUAAGUUCAAGGUCAGAAUACGUGUAGAGAGAAAAGUGCAUAAAAAGGGAAUUAAAUUCCCUUCUACACGCGUUUAAAUCGGGUCGGAAUUUCCCCCUUGUAGCUUUGCGUUUCCAAUAGGCCUACCUAAGAACACUUGAUACAUGUAUUAAAUAGGCCUACUGGUUAUCUCUAUUAUCAUCAUAAAUGCUAUUAUUGAGUUGUAUGUGUUAGAUAGGAGCAGAUUCAAGAUUAUUAAAAUAUUAUUUAAAUGAUCUUAUUUUAUUGAUUACAGUAGUAUGUUGUUGCAGUAGAUAUGAAUUGAAACAAUAUUUUGUAAUAAUUUAAGUACUGCUGUACUAUUGCCUGGUUUUAAGACUUGCUUGUAAUUUUA